AUGUUAACUUGGCUUCAUGUUGGACAGAUUCUUGGUCUUUUAGGUGGAAGCCAACCAAACAACUUUGCAAUUAAUUUAGAGAAUGUUGUGAAAACAGAGAAUCCUGCUAUUGUAGAGCUGCCUAACUUUAUAGACACGGGUGAUUCAAAUGAUUAUCAUGGAACUGAGGACACUCUAAAGAGUAUAUCAGAUCAAAACAUAUCAAUUUUGACAUCCACUCCUCUGGUUGAUGAUUUAUUUGGAGAUUUUAGCGGCUCUGUUGGAGCCAGUCAAGAACUAAAAAAUGAUGAUGAUCCAUUUGCCGAUGUUUCAUUUCACACAAAACCACAAGGCUAG